UCUCUCUCUCUCUCUCUCUCUAUAUUUUCUAUCUCUCUUUAGCUUCAUUGCUCAAGAUAACUCUCUGGGUCAUUUUCUUUUCCUCUGUUUUCUCUCUAGUUGAAGUGUUUUUCUCUUCUAGCUCUUCAUUGCCUUGCAUAUUUGAGUUUGACUGAAAGGAUUUCUCAUGGCUAAGGUUCCCUUAUUCCCACCUAACAGUAGAAGCUAAACUCUUGCUGUUUUUAUCUUUGGCAAGGCUUUAAGCUUAAAGUCAUCAUGUAACCAAAGAGGGCAUUUCUGAAAGCAUGCAAGAUGCAGAAGUCGGUUUCUUUCUGUCUAUGCAGAUUUUCAGCAUAAUGUUACCAAUGCACUUUCUUAGCUUCUAGCUUUCUUGUCACAAGUUUCUGAGUAACUAGUUCCUUUCUGAUACAACUUUCAACAUUUAAGUGCCAAAAUGCCUAGAUCAAGGUGUAGGAGUUCAGAAAUCCCACAAAGACAAUCUCCUCGAGGUCCACAUCAGCUUAGGUCAUCAAGCUCUGAUUCAGAUCCUCUGCAUCAUCGACCAAUUACUGACCGUAGUAGUCCCAGGCUAGGAGAUCGUCGUUCUCCAAGAGGUGCUCCCCAGUCAGAUCCACUGAAUCAGAAGAAGCUUGGCACUCGCAUUGCAGAUUUAGAAUCUCAACUGGGGCAAGCACAAGAAGAGCUAAAGAAUCUGAAAGACCAGUUGGCUUCAGCCGAAGCUGCAAAGAAAGAAGCUCAAGAAGAACUGGAAAAGAAGACUAAGAAGCCAAAAGCUCCAGAACCUGUUGAAAUCCGUGAAAAGAGUUCUUCAUCAAAAACUCUAGAUUCUAAGAAAAUGGACAGCAGCCUCAGAGAUGAAGUUCCUGAAGAUAAUGAACAAGAAACUGAUGUUUUUGAAGUCCCGGUGGAAAAAGUAACAAUUGAACCUAAGGUGGAAGUUGACCAAGUUGAUCAAGUAGAAAAAGAAACCAAAGCAAUGGAAAUAUCAACUGAACCACCAGCAGUAUUGGAGCCAGAGAAACCAUCUUUCCAUGACUUGGCUUUGAAAGAUGAUGAGAUAAAUAUGCUAAAAUCCAAGCUCGAUGAGAAAGAAAAAGAGCUUGGGGUGUUUGCUCAAGAAAAUGAGGGCCUGAAAAAGCAGCUGAAUGAAGUGACCUCAAAUGUUUCAGCAGCUAAAACCAGAGAAGAGGAAAUGGCCUCGAGGUUGAGACAAGUAGGAGAGGAGCUGGAAGCAAGGAAAACAAAUGCAGCUCAACUGAAGGAAAAGCUCCAAGCUAUGGAAGGACAAAAGGAAGCAUUGGAAGCAGAGAUGAAGAAGCUAAGGGUGCAGACGGAACAGUGGAGAAAAGCAGCAGAUGCUGCAGCAGCUAUUCUUUCUGGAGGUGUGGAAAUGAAUGGGAGGAUUUCAAAUAGGUGUAGCUCAAUGGAUAAGCAUUUUGGUGGUGUGUUUGAGCCUCCAGCUGGUGGAUAUGCAGCUUAUGUUGGUUCACCUGGUUUGUGUGAUGACAUGGAUGAUGGUUUUGGAAGUGGAAAGCGUAAAGGCUCUGGAAUUAAAAUGUUUGGAGACUUGUGGAAAAAGAAAAGCCAGAAGUAAAACUUUAGUCUCUGAAGUAUGCCAAAGUGUGUUAUACCUAUUCUUGUACAAUGGUUGUGAAAUGGCUGCUCGACAUUUCACCUUUUGAUGGUCAAGUGUUUCAAUCGUUGCAGCAGUUUGGCCAUCUCAUCCUCAGUAGGAAGUAGGCUUCUGCUAUUUAAUGUAAACCAUUAAGGAUGAUCUUAAUAUGGUGUAGUGUUAUUUAUGGGUUAGGUCUGGAGAAAUCUGUGAUAGAAGGGGCAUUUCUUGAAGCCCUGUGUAAAACCGAGGUUCCAUCAUCUAUGUGUUAUUCCUUUUAAAAUGUGGCUGUGUUCUUAUUUUGCAGAAUUUGUUUUGAGCUCA